GUUCAAGGUAGAAAAUUGGCCAAGGUCUAUUAUUAACAAUAUUGAGCUCUUUUUAUUUCUUAUUUCCAAAACUUUCUAUUUUAGUAUUUUACCACUUAUCAAGUUCUAAUAACAAUUUUCAUUGUGUUCUCGUUCUUGUGUAGUUUAUUGUGGAUUAAUGUUCAAACGUAAAAUGGACCGAAAAAAGUCCAAACUAAAUAAUAUAGUUGUUCAGUUCAAUGCUAUUAUAAAUGAAACCACAGUUUUGAAAGAAAAUGUUGAAAUAAUAAUCAAUCAAGUGUUUUCCUGUGUUGAUUAUGUUAAGGAGACUCCGGACGAUAAUGUGGGACAGACGUGUACAGACAUUUUGAAAUAUGAAUUAGAAGUACUGACAAAGUUAGUAGACAUGAACUCCUUGUUAGAAGACAUCUGGGAUUCAAACAUCAUAGAUAAAUGGAAUAUACCGAGGAAGAAAUAUGUAACAGAAAAUGAUCUGGAAAACCAUAUAAUUCCAAUUGACGCCCAGUAUGCAGGUUUUCAACUACCAGAUUCACAAAAUACAGAAACUAGCAUUGAAGCCAAUGUAGAAGAAAAUUCUGUUCACCAAAAUGGGACUUAUAAUCCAAUGGCAAACUGUAGCACAUAUGUGACACAUCAAUCUGAAAUUGAUUCCAUUCCUUCAGCUGAAGUAAUGUCAAAUUAUCAACUUUUACAGAGUCAUCGUUCUAGGACUGUAGAUCUUCCUCAAUCAAUUCCUCAAUUCUCUAACCAAAUUGAAACAAAUGUUUCACAUCUGUCUGAAAGCCAUUCUGUACCUACAUCUGAAGAAGUCAUAGUGAAUUCCCAGGUUCCACAGAGCUCCCAAUCAGAGUCUAUUGUGAAUGAUGAGGAUAUUUCUCCAAGUAAUAUACAAAUUGUGAGGCAACACCUAAAGUUAUGGAAUGAAAAGUUAGGCUUCAGCCCAAUAACAUAUUCAGAUAUGGCAGAUCAUUAUAAGAAAUCAGGUGGGGUUUCACUUGAGAGCUCAGUGAAUCCCUCUGGUCAACAAUAUGCUAAUUCAGAUGCACAACAAAUACCUGAAAGACUAGAAAGGGACUUGAGUGAAAUAGUCAGUCCUUCAAUGUCAAAUAUAGACAUUGAAAUUGCUAAUGAAGGUAAUGAAUAUGUCACACCAGAUAUUGGAACUCCAUAUAGUUUUUCUGACUUCUCAGGGGUAAGCUCAGAUAUUUCAAAUUCUAAUGGAAGAGACAAAACAGCAGCACAAUCUCACAAAAGUAAUAUAUAUCACAAAAAUUCAGAAAUUAUCAAUGGAAUUGAAGAAUCUUGUACAUAUGACAUUACAGAUCAGAAACAUUCUUCAUCCAAUUCAAAACCAAUAGUUAAUGAUUUUGACUCCCAUCUGGAGCAUUCUGAUUUCAGUGAAUUAGCUCUAAAUUAUGAUUCUGCAGACAAUCUUGGAAAAUCCGAAAAAUCCACUGCACUGAAAAAAUUGAAUAACUAUGAAAUAAGACAUAAACAAGAAUUGAAAGCUGCUCUAGUUGAACCCCCUCACAUUCCUGAUAUAUCACUUAAGCCAACUAAACUGGAGAAUAUACCUGAGUACAUAUCAGAAGAUUCUGAUCUGGCUAAGAUGGCUCCAAAAAGUAAGAAGAAAAGGAGUAAGCACCAGACUAUAGAAAUCAAUUAUGACUUGAGAUCUAAAAAAAUUCCAACAGUAGGGGAUGCAUGUGUAUUCAGCCACAUUGAAUCCCCAUCAGAAUUUUAUUUACAUAUUGUAGACAAGGAAACUGCAACCAUUGACAAACUCACUGAAAAAAUUGAUGCAAACUUCAAUGGUUCAACUUCGAAGUAUAGAACCAAACAAGAUGCAUACAAUAACAUUAAAAAAUACUGCUGUGCAUUUAUUAAAGACUACAAUAGUUGGUACAGAGUUUCUAUAUCAAAUUGGAAAUUGAAUGACUCAGAAGAUGUUGUUGUACAACUUGUUGACUUUGGCAAUUCAAAAGUUACUUCCUACAGAAACCUUCGUAAACUCACCAAAGAAAUGAGUGAAAUGCCAAUGUUUGCAGUGAGAUGUCACUUGCCCUUGAUGUAUCCUCCUGGUUCCACAAAUCUGAAUAGAAUCAGUAUGUGGCCUCUGGAUUCUACUGAAGCUCUCUAUUCCUUGAGUGGGGUGUUAGAGGGAAGUAGGUCCAUUGAAUUUGAACUGGUCUAUGUGGAAGCAGAACCUAACAGUAUUGCUGUGGACUUGCAUAACCCCAAUGAAACCAACAAUGAUGACACAGUUGGUCAAGUUUUGUUGAAUUUGGGCUUUGCUGUUCAACUUGUAGAUGACAUUGAUGAGGACAACAUGGAGUUGGAAGAGUUUCUGCAAGAUACUGAUACACUAGAGACGGCAGAUAAUGUUAAUGAAGCUGUAAUGGGGUAUGACCCACAAGAUGAGGUGAGAAUAUGCAGGUUCACUAAGCCAGAUGGAAGCUGCUUCAAGGGCAAGCAUUGUAAGUUGGAUCACACAUUUUUACCUGAAGACGGAUUCACUACUGACACAGAAUUUGUUUUCAGAGAGGCAUUUUACCCACUUUGUCUGCCACUGCCAAAGGAGACUGUUACUAUUUUAAUUACAGGAUAUAUAGAUUCUUGCACUUUCUAUGCACAUGUAGUGAGAAAUCCGCAUCGUGAAUCAAACUAUCUCAUAGAAAAAGAUCUUUUCGAAUUGGAAAAAGUUAUGAACACUGAAAAGAUAAUCAGAACUUAUGAAGUAUUCAAAAUUUCUCCUGCUAUUGGCGAGAUGGUGUUGGUCAAGGAUUGGACUAAAAAAUGGAGACGUGCUGUUGUGAGAGGGGUGGAGGUUGCAAAUAAUGGGGGACCAUUGGCAGCUCAAGUUUUCACUUUGGAUAUUGGUGAAACUUUGACUGUUGACAUGAUUCAUGUGAGGAAAAUAAAACCACAGUUUUUACAGCUUCCAUUCCAGACUAUCCAAUGUUAUAUCAGUGAUUAUAAAGCUAGUACCAAGUGCAAUCAGAAAGAUGCUAAAGAUUUUUUUGACAGAAAUUUAUAUUUUCAGAACUUUUUUGCCUACAUAAUGUCUUCUUUUCUGCCAUUGAAAAUCAUAAUGAAAUCUUUGAGUGGGCUGGACAUUGGACAUAUAUUAGAAAACAAAAAUUUUGCUGACAAGCAGCUUUGUGAUAAUAAUCCCUUGGAAGAUUGUUCAUUAGAUUUCUAUUAAUUUAUACUAAAAAUGUGGUCUGUAGAUUUUUGUGUAGUUGGUAGAUAUCUAUAUAGGUGCCCCACAUCAGUUGAUUGAUAUCUCUGAAUAUAUGAGGUGAGAAACUAGUCAUCAACAAAGAUCCAAGAUCUGCUUUUAAUGAACUGGUAUAUUCAUUAAUAUUGCUUGGAUUGUACCUAUAUUGUAUAUUUUUCAACUCAGUAAUUAAUAUAAGUAGAAAGUUUAUCUGUCAUGUAUACUAUACAUCAUCAUGCUAAAAAGUAUUGAAUAAAAUGCAAUAUUUUUGUUCCCAGGGUUUGCAAAAAACAAAGGACUGGUCAAUUUUCAUUUUUUUAGAUGUAUUUUUGGACCUUGAUCAGAAAUAUACAUGGUAAUGCACACCAGAGU